CGACGAUAUCAUUGGAGCAUUGAGAAGCAGAAUAGCACCACCGAAGUUCCUAAGUUCCCUGGGCAUCUUGAUGCGGAUCGCUGCAACUGAAUAAGGUGGGACUCAGCUGCUUUAAGCUCACGUCAUUUCGUUCCAUACAUGAUUUUCAUUCAACUCCCCUGAUUCAGGUCGUCCCCCAAGAGCAUUUGAAAGGAGGAUGAGACCAUAAUUUGAGCUGACGAGCUGGGGAGAAAGGAUGUGAGAUGUGAUCGGUUUUAAACGGAUCAAUCAUCAGAUCCAUUGAAGGCACAUGUCUGAAGCUUCUUCCCAAACUUCCGAUGGUUCAAUGCGAGUUUGGAAAACAAGACGCCGCCAGGAUUGAUGUGGCUGUUGUCGGGUGGGUCCUUGUGCCGCUAGAGAGAUCUGGGCACAAGUUGUGGCUCGAGAUGAUCAGAGAUGCGCAGCAUGCAGGCGAAAAGCACCCUCAGACAGCCGACGCACUCCGAUGCACGGGGAUGAGGAGUGGAAGAGGCAGGGCCCGUGAUCUUAUGACCAAUAAUGCUGUGGAGUUGGUCAUAUGCGACGAUGCUGCCUUUACCCAGUCCGGUUCGGAUGCUCGUACGCAGGCAUCAGGAACGCCACCUGCACUUUACAUCGUAGAGUGUAAAGGAUCAAUCGUCUCUGGUGCAGGAGAGGUAUAA